CCGAAGAACCUUAACGAGGGUUUUGACUUUCGAUCUUUUCACAACUGAGCUCGUGUAUCACCACCAUGGCAGGUACACACCUUCUUUCUCAUUCUUGUUCCCUUCCCAAAGCUUGUAAUCACUCAUUCAACAAACACCCUUUACCCCAAAACCUAAUUCUACCUCAUAGAUUCAAUGGCACUAUUAAACCCCUUGUUCUUAGAGCAGUGAACACCGUCAAAACUCCACUAGAAGACACAAAGAACACUCAUUUUCAGCAUUGUUUCAACAAAUCCGAAGAUGGGUAUCUGUAUUGUGAGGGUCUCAAGGUAGAUGAGAUUAUGGAAUCUGUUGAGAGAAGACCUUUCUAUUUGUACAGUAAGCCCCAAAUUACUAGAAAUGUUGAAGCUUAUAAGGAUGCUUUGGAAGGUUUGACAUCAAUUAUUGGUUAUGCUAUUAAGGCUAAUAAUAAUUUGAAGAUUUUGGAGCAUUUGAGGAGCUUGGGUUGUGGUGCUGUUCUUGUUAGUGGGAAUGAGCUUAAACUUGCUCUUCGCGCCGGAUUUGAUCCCACAAGGUGUAUCUUUAAUGGAAAUGGAAAGAUCUUGGAUGAUCUGGUUUUGGCUGCCCAAGCAGGCGUGUUUGUCAACAUUGACAGUGAGUUUGACUUGGAAAACAUUGUGGCAGCUGCAAGAAUUGCUGGAAAGAGGGUGAAUGUUUUACUCCGGAUCAAUCCUGAUGUAGAUCCGCAGGUCCAUCCUUAUGUUGCCACCGGCAAUAAGAACUCUAAAUUUGGCAUUAGAAAUGAGAAGCUGCAGUGGUUUUUAGAUGCCGUGAAGGAGAACCCGGAUGAGCUAAAGCUUGUAGGAGCCCACUGUCAUCUUGGAUCUACCAUUACCAAGGUAGAUAUUUUCAGGGAUGCAGCCACUAUUAUGGUCAAGUACAUUGACGAAAUUCGAGCUCAGGGUUUUGAAGUUGAUUAUUUAAAUAUUGGUGGUGGACUUGGGAUAGAUUAUUAUCAUGCUGGUGCAGUCCUCCCUAAACCCAGAGAUCUAAUUGAUACUGUACGCGAGCUUGUUCUUUCUCGCGGUCUUAAACUCAUCAUUGAACCAGGGAGAUCACUUAUAGCUAACACCUGUUGCUUAGUUAACCGGGUUACAGGUGUCAAAACUAAUGGCUCUAAAAACUUUAUUGUGAUUGAUGGAAGUAUGGCUGAACUUAUCCGCCCAAGUCUUUAUGAUGCGUAUCAGCAUAUAGAGCUGGUUUCCCCUGCCCCCGCAAAUGCGGAGACAGCAACUUUUGAUGUAGUCGGCCCUGUCUGUGAGUCUGCAGAUUUCUUAGGAAAAGAAAGAGAACUUCCAACUCCUGCCAAGGGUACUGGCCUGGUUGUUCAUGAUGCUGGUGCAUAUUGCAUGAGUAUGGCAUCUACUUACAAUCUAAAGAUGCGACCUCCUGAGUAUUGGGUUGAAGAUGAUGGAUCAGUGAGCAAAAUCAGACAUGGUGAGACAUUCGAAGACCACUUGCGGUUCUUUGAGGGACUUUAAACUGAUAACUUGUCUUCUCGCCAGAACAAAGGCUUGAGAUUUGUUGUAUUUGGGGUCUUGAAAGUAAGGCAGAAUAAAAAGAAUUCCAUAAGAUUUAACACUAGGGUUUGAUUUCAGUAUCACACAGCGAGUGUUUUUGCAGCUAUCAAAUGUAAUGUUGAGCUUAUGUAUGGUGGUGCUAUACGUUUGAUAAUGCCUGAUAACGUGUUGAUAAUUUAAGUACAUGUCACCUCAUUUUUAAGGUUGAUUUUAUGUUUGUAGCUGCAUAACCUUUUGUUGGUUUUUGCCUUCAUUUUUACUGUUAAAA